AACCAGGCGCCGAGUCGUGCUACGUGUACAAAAAAUAUGGCGAACCUACUGACUUCGUGCUUUUUCUUGGUGACGGCGACCUUCUUGGUCGCGGGCGAGAACCUCUUCGAUUGUCCGGAUCCGACGCUAGCCACGCAAUUGGUGUGCGACAAGGACCUUAGCGAGGACGGCUUUUUCUUGACCGUCAAGAGCAAAGAGAUCACGUGUCCGGACUCGAUCCUGAACUCGGCGCCGAUCACUUGCAUCGACGUUAGGGACUUGGAUUCCGAUGGAGGGUCGGUGAAGCUGGUGGACGGGGGCCUCAACUACAACCAAGUUACGCUGCAGUUUACCUCGAAGCUGGGCCAGGGCUUGCAUUACAACAUCAAAGUGUAUUCUCAAGGGGCCUGAGCUCCGAGAUCCGUUUUGUUUUGCAAUAAAGCGGUCGUG